GGUCAGUCGAUGGAAAACAUGUCUUGUGGAGGUUCUAGUGCUGUGGUUUUUGAUAUGGUGGUUGCUGGCUCCUGCAUGACUGACCUGGUGAGCCAGACGCCACGCUUGCCCAUAGCCAGAGAGACCAUCCAUGGGCACAUGUUAUACAGCUAUGGGGGUAAAGGGGUCAACCAAUGCAUCCAGGCUGGCUGUCUAGAGACCAGAACAGCCAUGGUCUGUCAGGUGGGAACAGACUACUUCGGAGACAUUUACAUACAGAAUUAUAAGAACAAUGGAGUCGCCACAGACUCACUCUCUGGGUCUUAUGACUGCUUCACAGCUACAGCCCUCUCGUUCAGCCCCUCUCUGUCCCUGAGGCCUGGUCACACUAGCAGCUUUUCUCGACGGCAACAAGAGGAACACAUUUUUUGCCUGCGUAUUGCCUUGCAGUUUGAGGUGGUCACAUGA